AUGGCGCCACAUAUACCGAGGGACUACCACUCCAUUGGUGAUCCUUGGAAAUAUUCGUUGAGGGGCAAUCAAGGACCCAGUGAAAACUAUUUACCAGCUGUUUCAAGAUUGGAAAAUGUGAACACUUCAGAAAUAAGGGGAAAAGAAGAUUUCCUUUUCUGCAUGGGUCUUCAGAAGAGAAGGUCUAAACGUCAAUACACCGCGUUUAAUGGUAACUGCAGCUCGAAAACUGUUAAUAUCCCUGCCGGUGUAAUGUUGCGUGACUGUCGUGUAGUUAUCCUGGGGGCGAGUUGUAACAUAUGCGGGAGGUAUUUCAAGUGUAAAACGGACUUAGAUAUGCAUAUCAAGUUCAGGCAUACGAUUUCUACAGUGAAAAAUAUUACUACCACAUCAACUCAGUGUAUAGAAUAUAAUGAAAUAAUUAAAAUAUUUCCUGACUCUUUCAAACCCUCGACUAUUACGGCUAAGGAAAGUGUUGAACUGAAGAUACGGAAAAAGUUACAGUUAACCAUCAGGAUAGGAGAGGAAGUUGUUGUUAAAAUUCCUUUAAAACGCAAACAUUUGAGAAUGAAAGCAAUCGAUGCUACUACUCAAACUGAAUCACACAAUAUUGCCGAAUUAAAGGCGAACAAAGAUGGCUAUGAAAUAGCGUUUCUCAUAUCGAUCCUCUGUUGUUCUGUAAUAUAUCCUUGUCAGUGUUGCGACCCAACGCUACGCGUAGCAAACAGUACCAAUCAAUAUCCGGUAGCAACAUUGUAACGUGCAAGGAGGAUUCAGUAGUAGAGGGAAAAUAUGGCGUUAAACAGAAACGCUGUUUUAAACCAUUUAACAGUAGAACCUUAUUAACGCCGAGGUUUGAACUCUAAAGAGAAGGACGAUGAUGUUAUACUCUUAACAAACGAUAUAAAUAGUCUAUCAGAAAUAUUAAUAAAAUAAGGAACAAACAGAUAUCAAUGCAUGUCGAGGUACUGAUAGACAUUUCCUCUGAAAAACAGUCGCAGAACACUAAUUAAUUUCGAUACACGAAGAUGCAGUAGUUCCGGAACUACAUUUAGGACUUCCGCAACACCAGUCUACACCUCUUCAACAACCUACGUCUCGACAACAAUUAGCGCCCCUUAGCCAACCACAGUAUUACCUGAGCAGCUAUCAACACAUCUACAACAAUCAGCAUUCUCUUCAACAAUCAUCGAUACCUCAGCCAUUAGUAUCCAAGGAGUCUUCAAG